UCGAAACAAGAUGUCUGCGCCCAUGGGAGAUAGUAAAAACUUUUUUGCUAUAAAAAAGGUUAAUGAUUACUUAAUAAAAGGAAAUAAAGUAGUUGACGAUACAGUUUUACAUAGUCUGUUUGAUAGUAUCAAACGAAAUUUCUGCAGCAUUGAUGCAAUAGAAGAUGUGGGCCUUGGAAAGUUUGUCGAAGAUGUUGCCAAGAAUUGCACUGAGCUGGACAGCUGUGCUGUUGUGUUUGGACUAGAACUUGCAGGCUGGCUGGGUGGAAGUAAUGUUUUCUAUAGACAUUUUAAAGGUAGCAUACAACAUGUUUUCUACACUGUUUGGGAGAAGUUAAAAUCAGAAUCACUGUGUGAUAUAUCUGUAUCAACAGCAUUAUAUGACAGCCUGACUUUAAUUGCACAACAUGAAGAUGGUUUAUUGUGGAUUGUUCAUGACAAAAAGAUGGAAGACAUUACCAGUUAUGGUCUAAAAUAUAUGACAAACUGUCCUAGUAUAUUUCUGGAGAAAGCUGUCGUCAAAUAUUUAUCUUCAGUAAUUAUAGAAUUGGAAGGAAAGAAAGAAGUGUCAAUAUCAGAAAAAUGUCAGACAUUUACUUCUAGAAUAUUAAGAGCAGCCACAGAAAACAUCAAGAAACAUUUCAGUGAAAAAAGAGUGGGACCAUUUGUACCCAGCUCUCUUCAGCUGUUGGAAACACUUUGUAGACACUCGGAGGGAACCAGCAUAUUUCUUCUGACCAAUCAUAUUGAGUUUUACUACUUCCUCUUGGAAAUGAUUGGCUCAUUGAAUGCCAGAGAUUGUGAUGCAGUCAUAAAUAUCUUAAGUGCUGUUUUGAAAAUGAGAACAGAAGUAAAAAAGUCUCCUUCCACAGAGGAGUUGAUAACUUCCAUUAUCCAGAAAAUUGAAAACAAACUUGCUGAUCUGGCUUCGGAGGGGAACAUUGUAACUGCACAAAAAUUAGCAACUUGCUGUUUACAGACAGUACACAGUAAAAGGCUACAGGACAACUGUACAGCCUUUCUCACCCAACCUAUCUUAAGGAUAUUGGGAGAUACUGUUGAACAGCUGAUAUUUCCGGAGGAUAUACUUAAAGAAUGUUUGUCUACAAGAUGUAAAUGUACAGAUGCUGUUUGCAGGUCCUUGAAUACAAAUGUUAUUGAUAGCAGUCAUGUUGUAGAGUUAUUAAGAAGAACUAUUGAAUAUUCUACAUGUGGAGGGAAGACAUACACAAAAGCAGCAUCAUUUUUAUAUAAGAACAGAAAAAUACAAAGAAAAUGUCUUGAGGUGAUGAACCUAGAUACACAAAGUGGUAAUGGGUGCAGCUUACUAAAGAAAGCUCAGAUUGUUGUAGAUCUCUUCAAGGAACCAGAUAGUGAAACUGUGAUUUAUUCAUUAUGUUCACAACUGCUGUGUGCAUGGUUACCAACACUGGUUUUAGAUGUUAACUCUAUAUCCCUCACUACAAGUUUGGCUGAAACCAUACAGUUCCAUCUUAGUGCAUUACAGUGGGAGCUAAGGGAUACAACUCUCGAAUUACUUGGGAACAUAAUACAACAACAUACAGGUAUUGUAACUGAUUUGUUGAACGCCAUUAUUGAGAUUAUAUCAAACAUAGUUGAAAAUGACACAGAAGCAUUUGCCAGGAGGUCAGCUGUCAUAUUUUUGUUGAACAUCUUAAAGGCCAAGGUCAUUACUGACACAGAAGUCGGUCUAGAUGCUAUAACAGAUCAUUUUGUGGCUACAGUUAUUACAGCAACUAGAGAUUUUGAUUGGGAAGUGAAACUAAAUGCCUUAAACUGUAUUGCACUUCUUCUACAGCACGAGAUAUCAGAGUGUUGUGACAGUGAAAAUAAAACAUCAGAAUGCCAGCAGGUGCCACAGAUUACCAUGAUUGGACGUAAUCUAAAUGAAAUGCCAGAUCAUCUGCAAAAACUGUACAAAUCUUACAUUAGAUAUAAUAUGAAAUUGAACAAAAGCAAGUUCAAUUGUAGACCAGUUGUUAAGGAGUUGAUUACAGCAUUAAUUAGUGCAUUAGAUGAUUAUGAUGAAAAAGUUAGUGAAAAGGCUUUAAAAAUCUGCGCCAAGACACAAAAAUAUAUUAACAAACUCAUAGUAAAAUGCCAACGUGAAAAAGCAGAACACGUAAAUAAUUGUGAGCCAACUAUUAAGAAAAGAAAAUUGACUGAUAUUGAUGAAAAAGUUACUACAGGUACUAAUACUUUUUCUGAGUUAAAUGUACAUAUUCCAAUUGACCUAUAUAAAGUACCAGAAUGUGAUGAAAAUUCAGAACACUUGAAUGAAGCAUGCUGUAGUGAAAGUGAUGAAAAUGAAACCAGAGUUGAUACUGAAGCGGUAGCCUCACAUGGAAAUCUGAAAAUGAUUUUAGAUUUAGAUCUGUCAUUGUAUGAAUCUAGAGUUGAACAGGUACUAGAUGAAGCCUCAAAACUUGUCAGCCUUGUUGAGGAUAUUGUUACAGCUAAUGAUAAUAAUGAUGAUGAGGAAAAUGCAGUUGAUUGUUAUUAA